AUGUCAACCGGGGAGACCUGGGACUUUGGAGGAUCUGCGCAAAAACGGUUUGAUUUAAAUUCAUCUUCCACUCAACCUUCUUCUUCGCUUCAAUCGAUAAUCCAGAUGAAUCGAAUGGUUUCCUCCUCUCAUGUGCUUUCCAAAAAUUUGGGGAAGACGACGGAUAUCCGAAUGAAUCAGAUUUUGGAAAACAGAAACGACGAUGAAUAUCUCGGACGUCGAACAAAGAUCGUGUGCACGAUGGGUCCAAGCUGCUGGGAUGUGGAAAAUCUCGAGAAGCUUAUCGACGCCGGAAUGAAUGUCGCCCGCUUGAAUUUCUCUCAUGGCGACCACGCCGCUCACGCGAAGACAGUCGCUAACCUCCACGAAGCGAUGAGGAGGCGAAACAAGAAGGUUGGAAUUCUCUUGGAUACAAAGGGACCGGAAAUCCGAACAGGAAUGUUAAAGGACCACGCGAGUAUCAAUCUCGUUCUCGGCCAGACGCUGAAGGUGACGACUGAUUACGACUUCCUGGGAGACAGUAAUUGCAUCAGCUGCUCGUAUCCAGCCCUUCCUCAAUCAGUGAAGGUUGGAGGCAAAAUUUUGAUGGCUGAUGGAACGAUUACCCUCGAAGUCAUGUCAAUUGGGGACGACCACGUCAUGACGAAAGUUCUCAACAACGCGACCAUGGGAGAGCGGAAGAACAUGAAUCUCCCCAACGUCAAAGUUGACCUUCCCGUCUGCGGCGAACGCGAGAAAAACGAUAUUUUGAGUUUCGGAAUUCCCCAAGGUUGCAAUUUCAUCGCUGCGUCGUUCACCCAAACAGCGGAAGAUGUUCGAUACAUUCGUGAGGUCCUUGGUGCACGCGGUCGCCACAUUAAGAUCAUCCCGAAGAUCGAAAACGUCGAAGGAAUUCUUAAUUUCGAUGAAAUUUUGGCUGAAGCCGAUGGAAUUAUGGUCGCUCGAGGAGAUAUGGGCAUGGAGAUUCCUCCUGAGAAGGUUUUCCUCGCCCAGAAAAUGAUGAUCGCAAAAUGCAAUAUUGCAGGAAAGCCCGUCAUCACUGCCACACAGAUGCUUGAAUCCAUGAUUAAAAAUCCACGACCGACACGUGCCGAAGUUGCAGAUGUCGCAAACGCCGUUUUGGAUGGAACUGAUUGCGUCAUGCUUUCUGGAGAAACUGCUGGAGGCGCUUUCCCAAUUGAAGCAGUUCGGGUGAUGGCUAAAACGUGUCUUGAAGCAGAAGCUUGCAUCGACUAUCCAGCACUUUACAACGCUAUCCAUAGCUCUGUUCCUCGCCCAGUUUCUGUUCAAGAAGCUGUGUGUUGCGCAGCGGUUGAAACUGCCGAGGACAUCAAGGCUUCUUUGAUUAUUUCUUUGACAGAGACUGGCCUCACAGCCAAGCUCAUCGCGAAGUACCGUCCCUAUCAAGUCGUCCUCGCUCUCUCUGCAUCAGAAUCAACCAUUCGUCAUCUACAAAUGCAUCGGGGUGUUGUUUGCAUUCAAGUUCCAUCGUUCCAGGGAACCGACAGCGUUAUUAAGUCUGCUUUGAUUGAAGCCAAGGACGCUGGCCUUGUCUCAUCCGGCGAGACUGUGGUUUGCGUCCAUGGAAUCCAAGAAGAGGUUGCAGGAGGCACAAAUCUCAUGAAGGUUGUUGUUGUCCCUUGA